GGCUGCACAGCUGGCAAUUUACAGACAGUAACUAACGCUGGUAUGAGUAAUUGGCUGCUUGGUGGACCACUGCCCCGCAAAUUGGACUCGUGUUUGAUGGAGGAGAUGAAUUAGCUCAAAUUCUGGCAUAUUUAUUCACCUUUUAGGAACCUCGGGAUCAGAAGGAUUUCAGACCAAGCUCCCCCUCCUUUUCCACUGGAACCGUUAUAACCUCCACAUACUGGAAACGUGGGAAUGUGUGCUUUCAGUGUCUCGUUAAAAGACUUGUGAUGACCGAAGUGUAAGCCGGAGGACUGCUGCUGCUGGUUGAUUUGAGCCUUUCACAAAACCUGAUCCAUGAGCACAUUGUUGUAACAAUGGAGAAGACAAGGCGCAGGGAAAAGUUAGCUUUCUCCCUUCUGUUUGGGUUGUGGUUACCUUGCUGUUUUGCCCAAACCACACCAUCAAACACAGCCACGCGAACCCCCACGGGGACCCCCACACCGUCUCCAUCCCCGCAGACCGAACGGCUAAGGGUUAGACUGUCUGGAUACCCCAGGAAACACAACGAGGGUCGGGUGGAGCUUUUUUACAAGGGAGAGUGGGGAACCAUCUGUGAUGACGACUUCUCGAUAGCCAACGCCAAUGUGCUCUGUCGCCAACUGGGCUUUGUGGAAGCCACAGGAUGGACCCACAGCGCCAAAUAUGGCAAAGGCCAAGGGAGAAUCUGGCUGGACAACGUGCUGUGCAACGGGGGUGAGAAGACUAUUGACUCCUGCAAGUCUCGAGGCUGGGGCAACAGUGACUGCACUCACGAUGAGGACGCUGGAGUGGUGUGCAAAGACGAGAGGAUCCCCGGCUUUGUGGAAUCAAAUGUUAUUGAUGCUCAGGUGGAUAAUAACAAGAUAGAGGAGGUGCGGCUGCGGCCUGUAGUCGCCACCGCCAGGAAGAAGAUGCCCAUCGCGGAGGGCGUGGUGGAGGUGAAAUAUAAAGACGGCUGGGCACAGAUCUGUGACCUGGGAUGGACGAUCAAAAACACCCACGUGGUCUGCGGCAUGUUGGGAUUCCCGCAUGAGAGGAAAGUCAACAAGGCCUUUUACAAACGUCUGAAAAAGCGAGCAGCUGAGAAGGUCUCCAGGCCAAAGGUUAAUGUUUCAGCCGGUGGAAGGCAGACACCCAAAGCUAAAGCUAACUCUAAGACUAAACAGAGCAGUCCUGGCAAAAGGUUGUAUUUGGAGCGUCAGAAGAAUCACUUCCACGUUCACUCGGUGGCGUGUGUAGGAACAGAGAUCCACCUGGCAGCCUGUCCUUUGGAAUUCAGCAAGCCCAAUGCAACAUCCUUCUGCCAGGGCGGCAUGCCGGCCGUCGUCAGCUGCAUGCCGGGGCCGCUGUUCAUUCAAAACAACUUGAAAAAGAAGCCUAAAAUUUCGAACAACGUGAGGCUGAAGGGAGGUGCCAAGCUGGGUGAGGGUCGGGUGGAGGUGCUUAAAGGCAACGAGUGGGGCACCGUGUGUGACGAUCGCUGGAACCUGCAGUCGGCCAGCGUCGUCUGCAGGGAGCUCGGCUUCGGCAGCGCCAAGGAGGCUCUCACCGGAGCCCGCAUGGGACAAGGAAUGGGUCCGAUCUACAUGAACGAGGUGAAGUGUGUCGGCCAGGAGAAAUCCAUCUGGAACUGCCCCUUUAAAAACAUCACAUCGGAGGACUGCCAGCACGUGGAGGACGCUGCGGUCCGCUGCAACGUGCCCUACAUGGGCCUGGAGCACUCGAUCCGGCUCUCAGGAGGACGGACCCGUUACGAGGGCCGCGUGGAGGUGCUGAGCUUGGACUCUAAUGGGACCCUGAGCUGGGGUCUGAUCUGUGGAGAGACCUGGAACACCAAGGAGGCCAUGGUGGCCUGCAGGCAGCUGGGCCUGGGCUACGCUAAUCAGGGCGUGCAAGAGACCUGGUACUGGGACAGCAGCAAUGUGACGGAGAUGAUAAUGAGCGGAGUGAAGUGCACAGGAAACGAGAUGUCUCUGAGUCAGUGUCAGCAUCACAAAACAGUCAGUUGCCAGAAAUCAGCGGCAAAGUUCGCAGCGGGAGUCAUUUGCUCUGACACGGCCUCUGAUCUGGUCCUGAACGCGCCGCUGGUCCAGCAGACGGUUUACAUCGAGGACCGUCCUCUGCACAUGCUGUACUGCGCUGCGGAGGAGGACUGCCUCUCAAAGACCGCAGCGCAGGCCGACUGGCCGUACGGACACCGCCGCCUGCUGCGCUUCUCCUCGCAGAUACACAACAUCGGCCGCGCUGACUUUAAGCCCAAAGCUGGGAGACACUCCUGGGUCUGGCACGCCUGUCAUGGCCACUACCACAGCAUGGAUAUUUUCACCCACUAUGAUCUGCUGAGCGGAAACGGUACCAAAGUGGCCGAGGGACACAAAGCCAGCUUCUGUCUGGAGGACACAGACUGUCAGGAGGGUGUUUCUAAGCGCUACGAGUGCGCCAACUUUGGGAAUCAGGGCAUCACUGUGGGCUGUUGGGAUUUGUACCGUCACGACAUCGACUGCCAGUGGAUCGACAUCACAGACGUUAGACCUGGAAACUACAUCCUGCAGAUUGUGAUUAACCCAAAUUACGAAGUGGCUGAGAGCGACUUCACCAACAACUGCAUGAAAUGUAACUGCAAAUAUGACGGACAUCGAAUCUGGCUCCACAACUGCCACAUUGGUGACGCAUUCAGCGAGGAGGCAGAGAGGAGGUUUGAGAAAUACCCCGGGCAGCUCAAUAACCAAAUUCCUUCAAUCAAUCAAAAAUAACGUCACAACCUAUGAGAUCCAGAGCUGGGGAAUAAAAACACACUUCACAGGUUUAAAAACAAAAGACAAACCUUUUAUUUCCAGGGUACAAAGUGGAUUUCCUCACAUAUAAUUCGGAUUCAUGGAAGAAGCCAACAGUAUUUUUCUGCGCUGAAUGUCCUUUUAUAUUAUACUUGAAUAUUCAAGUUUUUUAAUGUGAGCUAAUGCUAUAUGUUUAUGAUGUGAGAAUUAUGAAUGUUGUGAAUGUUCUGAGUUAUGAAUGAAGCAUUUUUAUGAAGAUAUAUUUGACUAAAUAUUAUAUAAGUUAGCAGAACAAAUAAAUAAAGUACUAUUUAAACUAUUUUGCAACUAUAAUACCAGCGGCCUUGUUCCCAUCACAAACACUAACACACCUGCCUCCAGUUACAUUAUUUUUUGAAUGUAUUUAUUGCUUAAAUUGGUGCUCAAGAACAUUUAGCAUUGUCGUCUGUUUUCCAUCUGCUUUAGUCUUAAUGUAUUAUAUUAUUAUUAAUAAUAGUCAUUUAGGGUCAGAAUGUGGAUGUUCCCGGGCAAAAAGAAAAGAACUACACUUACCCUCAACAAUGUCUGAAUGUAAGCUGAUGCAUCACAACUGCUGCACCGAAUAAAGAGGAGAGGAUAAUAA